AUGGUUGCAAUCCGUGUGUUAUUCUGCUUAUUUAUAUCUUUUAUUGCUACAGCGCAAUCAAGCGCUAUACUUGUAAGUUCCUCGUGUGUUUCUCAAGCCUCACUAUACCAAUUCGGAUGUUCUAGUACUAAAUCUCAAAGUUGUUAUUGCAAAAACAUCAAUUGGUUGGGCUCAGUGACUGUAUGUGCCUAUGAGAAUACCCAGUCCAACAAAACACUGGACAAAACCCUAAUGAAACUUGCUGCUCAAUGUUCGGGUACCACGGUUUUUACCUUAGAAGACAUGAAAAGUAUUUAUUUAAACGCUUCAAAGUAUUUGAGAGCUCCUGUGAAGAGCGAUAAAAAGGUUCUGGUCAACCAACCUCUAACGACUAACGAGACAGCCUACCAUUACUAUUACGAAACGAGUUAUGGUACACAUCUUAAUUUAAUGCGUUCUCAAUGGUGUGCUUGGGGUCUUGUCUUCUUUUGGGUAGUAGUGCUUACUAUUGCCACUAUACUAAACAUCAUGAAAAGGGUUUUUGGUAAGAACAUUAUGCCAAACUCUGUUAAAAAGUCACUUAUUUAUCCGUCCGUUUACAAAGACUACCAUGAACGGACCUUUUAUUUAUGGAAGCGUCUACCAUUUAAUUUCCCAACUAGAGGUAAGGGUCUUGUUGUAUUAAUCUUUGUUGUUUUGACUAUAUUGUCUCUCAGUUUCGGUCAUAGUAUUAAGUUUCCUCACCCAUAUAGUAGGCCUAGAUGGAGAAGAAGCAUGGCAUUUGUGAGUCGCAGAGCAGAUUUAAUGUCUAUCGCUCUUUUUCCUAUAGUGUAUCUAUUCGGAAUAAGAAAUAAUCCCUUCAUCCCGAUAACAGGCCUUUCAUUUUCUACUUUUAACUACUAUCACAAAUGGUCUGCCUACGUUUGUUUUAUGUUGGCGGUUGUCCAUUCGAUUGUUAUGACUGCAUCUGGAGUGAAAAGAGGUGUGUACCAACGUUUAGUUAGCAAAUUCUAUUUUAGGUGGGGAAUAGUAGCAACGAUCUUGAUGUCCGUGAUUGUAUUCCAAAGUGAAAAGGUCUUUAGAAAUAAAGGAUAUGAAAUUUUUCUUUUUAUUCAUAAAGUUAUGAAUAUUAUGUUCAUUAUUGCUAUGUAUUAUCACUGCUAUACUUUGGGCUGGAUGGGAUGGAUUUGGUCAAUGGCAGGUAUUUUAUGCUUUGAUAGAUUCAUCAGAAUUGUCAGGAUCGUUAUGAAUGGUGGCUUGAAAACUGCGACUUUGAGUACCACUGAUGAUUCCAAUGUCAUUAAAAUUUCAGUAAAAAAACCAAAAUUUUUCAAAUACCAAGUGGGAGCUUUUGCAUACAUGUACUUCAUAUCACCAAAAAGUGCAUGGUUUUAUAGUUUCCAGUCGCACCCAUUUACUGUAUUAUCGGAACGGCACCGUGACCCAAAGAACCCAGAUCAAUUAACCAUGUAUGUAAAGGCGAACAAAGGUAUCACUCGGGUUUUAUUGUCGAAGGUCCUCAGUGCUCCAAAUCGCACUGUUGACUGUAAAAUAUUCUUGGAAGGUCCAUAUGGUGUAACAGUACCACAGAUAGCUAAGAUAAAAAGAAACUUGGUAGGUGUGGCCGCUGGUUUGGGUGUUGCAGCUAUUUAUCCUCACUUUGUUGAAUGUUUACGUUUACCAUCUACUGAUCAAUUGCGGCAUAAAUUUUACUGGAUUGUUAACGACCUAUCUCACCUAAAAUGGUUUGAAAAUGAGUUACAAUGGUUAAAGGAGAGAAACUGUGAAGUUUCGGUCAUAUUCACUGGUUCCACUGUUGAAGACACAAAUUCAGAUGUUAGUACAAAAGAGUUUGAUGAUAAGGAGGAUAAUGAAAUCACCGUUAGAUGCCUCAACAAAAGACCCGAUCUAAAAGAGCUGGUACGCUCUGAUAUAAAACUCUCAGAACUAGACAAUAAAAACAUUACCUUUUAUUCCUGCGGGCCAGAAACCUUUAACGACGAUUUUAGAAACGCAGUUGUGCAAGGCAUAAAUUCUUCCUUGAAGAUUGACGUUGAACUAGAAGAAGAAAGUUUCACCUGGUGA